AGUUUCUUCUUAUCUUGUGCUUGCCUUAUGUGACACUUCAAGUCUUCAACUCCCUGUCUGCAUUUCGUUUCCCAAUUCCCAUUUCCCCGAAAGUGGAAAUCAAUUUCCAAACCCCAUUAGCCGAAGUUUUCCCGCUGGGAAACAAUUUUCCCACUUGUUCCCACCACUUUCUCUCACUCUUUCUCUCUCUUUCCAAUUUCCCUGAUAUGCUUGUGGGUCUUGAUUUCAUGAACGGUUGUUUUAAAAAAAAAAAAAAAAAUCUUACCUGCACUUUGGCUAAACAGGUAAUAAGCAAGUUUGGAGAAUUCUAGAGGGAGAGAGGGUGUGGGGAGAGAGGGACAGAGAGAGAGAGAGAAGUGGAGGAUGUUGGAAAUGUGUAACAUAAGCAGAUCGCUGGGGUGGUGCUUCGGUGGUGAAGGAAAAGGUGGCGGUGGCGGAGAUGGACUGUUAUGGCACAUGGACUUGAAGCCUCACGCUUCCGGUGACUACUCCAUCGCCGUAGUGCAAGCCAACUCCUCCCUGGAAGACCAAGGCCAAGUGUUCACUUCUCCCUCCACGACCUACGUCGGCGUCUACGACGGCCACGGCGGCCCCGAAGCCUCCCGCUUCAUCACCCGCCACCUCUUCCCUUUUAUCCACAAAUUCGCGUCGGAAGAGGGGGGGUUGUCUGCGGAGGUGAUCAGGAAGGCCUUUGGUGCAACGGAGGAGGAAUUCUAUCACAUGGUGAGGACGUCGUGGCCGGCUCGGCCGCAGAUAGCUUCGGUGGGUUCGUGUUGCCUUGUCGGGGCGAUAUCGAAUGGUGUGCUGUAUGUGGCGAAUCUCGGCGAUUCCAGGGCGGUGCUUGGCCGCAGAGCGGCGGCGGGCUGGCUCGGCAAGCCGGUGGUGGCGGAGCGAUUAUCCACGGAUCAUAAUGUUGCUGUUGAGGAGGUGAGGAAGGAGGUGGAGGCACUUCACCCCGAUGAUUCCCAUAUUGUGGUGCAUACUCGCGGCGUUUGGCGAAUUAAGGGCAUAAUUCAGGUUUCAAGGUCAAUCGGAGAUAUAUAUCUGAAGAAACCUGAGUUCAACCGAGAUCCUCUUUUCCAGCAAUUUGGUUCACCCAUUCCUUUAAAAAGGCCUGCAAUGACGGCAGAACCUUCAAUAUUGAUUCGAAAGCUAAGGAAGCAAGACUUGUUUCUAAUAUUUGCAUCAGAUGGUCUUUGGGAGCAACUGAGUGACGAAACGGCUGUUGAAAUUGUUUUCAAAAAUCCUAGAGUUGGAAUAGCAAAGCGACUGGUGAGAACUGCCCUGCAGGAGGCUGCAAGAAAAAGAGAAAUGAGAUAUGAGGACAUAAAAAGAAUUGGAAAAGGAGUAAGGCGCCAUUUUCACGAUGAUAUCACUGUGAUCGUUAUGUACCUGGAUCAUCCAGCAGACAGUUCAAAUGGAAGAUUUGAUGAUCGCUGCCUAUUUGAUUGCACUAGUGCCCCUAUCGACAUCUUCUCUCUUAAUGCUGAUGGAGUCCAAAACUCACUCCGGACCAUUUCCUGAAUAUACCUACCAGCUCAAUGGUGUGUGUCAUCGUGUGAAUUGAUAAUAAGAAUAUUAGUGUAAAUAGGUGUGCCAAACCGGGAAGCAAUGCGGGGUUUCAAAAUAAUGGGUAUAGGGGGGGGGGGGGGGGGUGUUUGUGCAUAAUUUGGUGAGUGAGAGAUGAUAGGUUGAAGCUGCCAUUGACUUCCCAUCUUGGAUUUUGAUGUUGUUUAGUUGCCUUCAUCUUUGGAAGUGCUUUCAGAAACCAUUGUUUUUUCACUUCUAUUUGGUUUUGAGGAACUAUAUCGCAAGUUGAAGAUACGACAAUUGAAUGCGCGUUGAUUGCCAGUUUCAUUAGAACUG